GGUAUAAGUACAACAUGUCAUGAGAAUUCAGAUUCUUUCCUGCUUCCCUGUGGAGACAGGAUUACAGACAUCCUCAGUUGCUACAGGAAGAGGGAAACAGUCCAGAAAGAGAGCUAAACAGAAAGCGUCGUGUGAGGGUUCUUCUGUUGAUUUUGUAAUUAUUAAGAAAAAUGUCAUUUCAUUUUUCUAACCAAGUGUCAUACACAGAAUAUAUAUCACAUGCAGUGUUUUAGUGAGUACAAAACCUGAAUGCAAAGGGAUUUAAUUCCUUGUUGUAGUGAAUUUUAUGCAGCUUAAGUGAACUUCUAACAGUAUAAUUUAAAAACAAAUCAGAUCACUUCGCGAGCGGCGGCGGGUGACCGGAGGGGCACCCCAACCCCUGCGUGCACAGGUUUCCACCAGCCCGAAAGCGACAGCAUGGCAGCCAUCCCCUCCAGCGGCUCGCUCAUGGCCACCCACGACUAUUACCGGCGCCGCCUGGGCUCCACUUCCAGUAACAGCUCCUGCGGAAGUGCGGAGUAUGCUGGGGAAGCCAUCCCUCACCACCCGGGUCUCCCCAAGGCCGACCCGGGUCACUGGUGGGCAAGCUUCUUCUUCAGGAAGUCCACUCUCCCGUUCAUGGCUACAGUGUUGGAGUCUCCAGAACGCUCGGAAUCUCCCCAGGCCUCCCCCGGCACGAUCACCUGCGACUUGGCUCUGGAAGCCAUGAGGAAGCAGCCUGGUGGCCAGCCUGGCAAAGCCAACACAGGGCCGCCAUCCUGAGUGGCCACCACCAGGCUUCAGGAAGCGCUAGGCUCGUCAGAGCCCCUCCCCUCCCAUUCCCUCCCUUCCCCAUAGACUAGGCAGGCUGCCGCAAGCAGAAACAGUUGGGUUCUUUUAUAUCAAAAUAGCAAAACACCCAAAAGGAAGUUGAGAGGAUCCCACGCUUUACUCUCCAAGCCACAUGAAAGCCUUCCUCACACCCUGGAACCGUGUGCCUUGCACCAAGUGGAAAAUAAACUCCAAGCAGCCAAAAAAAAACCAAAUCAGAUCAUUUCAGGAUUGACGCACUCACUGAACAAAAACGUUUACUACAUUCUGUGGAGAUUAGCAUUUUGUUUCACUUAGGCUUGAAUUAAGUUUCUCAGAUAGUUACAGUAACUUCACCCUCCAUAAAACCAUCUAGAAUGUGAAGGUCACUUUUACUUCCCUUCAUUUGUGACAGGAAACUCAAGGACAGAGAAUAUCUCAAAUGGCACUCUAAAGGCCUAUAUAAGAAAUUUUUUUCGAAAAUCUUACUGCAUCUGUUGAUUAUCCACUCCACUAUAUUGGAGCAUAACAGAUAAGCAAAAAUGACCCAUUAUAAUAAUUAAACCUAGUUAAGGAGAGAGACUAAGGAAGAAUAAUUUGUUUCCAUUUAUCUUUGUUUUGGGAAAUAAAAGUCACUUCAUUAAUCUUGUAAUUACUUGGACAGUCUUAAAUUUCAUAAGAUUAGCCUCCAAAAGGAGCUCUCUCUUUAGCCUCCAUUACUGUUUUCAUCUGUUUCUUCAUUUUAAUUCAAAACAAAUAAAAAUGUAUUCUUCAGCUUUUUACAGUAACAUAUUAUGAAAUUUAGGUGCCAAAAUAAUUCAUUUUAAUGAUGGAAAUUCUCAGCAAACCAGAAGGGGCCAAUCUUUUACUAGAGAAACGCUAUCCAACAAAACACAGUGAGAAUCUAAUCUGUAAUGGAAAAUUUAAUGAGGAAAAAAGCCAUACUUAAUGGAGACACAUGCUCUUCAAGGUUCUGAGCUAGACAAAGGAUAUCUGUUAUUAAUUAUAUUGUGUUACAGAGAGGUGACCAACGCCACCAGAAAAAGAAAUACAGAAUUAGGGUUAGAAGAUACCAAAUUGUGAUUAUUUCAGAGUUGUAUGGUCAUUAGCAUAGACCACCUUAGGAAAUCAGCAAACUGUUAUAAGAAGAGAGUUGUGAAAAUGCUGGAUCCAAAUCAGUACUCAGAAAUCAAGAGCUUGGGGCACGUGGGUGGCUCAGUCAGUUAAGCAUCUGACUCUUGAUUUUGGCUCAGGUCAUGAUCUCAGGGUCAUGAGA